UCUUAAUUAUGAAAUACACGGAUAAUUAAGAAGAAUUCACUCUUGAUCAACUCAAAGAGUAUCUGAAAGACUAAGGAAUUUACAACGAAGAAACAUUCUCUCAAAAAAUGUAGACAUUUUCCAAUAGUUGAU